UUUCAUAAUGUUCCGUCGUUAACGUAACAACGCUGACUGCUGCAACUAACGCGCGUUUCAUGAGUAUUAUAGUAUAGUUCAUCGUUGGUCGUUGUUAUUUCGGUGACGUCCCUAGAACUAAUUUCUUAACAAUCUGUUAUUAUAUAUUUAAUUAGAAAUAAAUCUUAAAUGCGUUAUGUGUAUACUUGAUUUAACAACAACAACAAAAAAACAAAGAACGAAAAGAAAAGUUAGAAAAUUCUCAUAAAAAAAUUGUGUGCUGAUAACAAAAAAAUUGAUUAAUAAUAAUAAUAAUUAGAAGAAGAAGAAUAAAACUAUUUAGAACAUUUAGAAACGUGUGAUAGACACACCAAAGUGCAUCGAUUAAUCCUCCUUAUGAUUAUUGGAAAGUUGAAAAAUAAUUUUCGUAAUAAUGACAAGUGCAAUCUAAUCAAAUAAUAUACAUGUAUAUACAGAAAUACGUGAAUGUAUUAUUUGUAAGGAUUAAAUUAUUGUUAAACUAUACUUGAAUAGUUAGUUUUCAAUGCGCGGUAAAAAAGAAAGAAAGAAAGAAAGAAAAAACAUCCAACCAAGUGUACGAGUGCAUAGAAAGUGAAAGUUUUUCUACUUCUAUUCGAUUGGAUUAACUAAAAACUAUAUUUUAGUUUCUGAUCGUUGUAAGUGAACGUUUUUCUAGAAAAUAAAAGUACACGAAAUAUAUGGACUGCUUUUUUUCGGUUGCUACGAAACGAUUGUCAAACUUUUUAAAUAUGUCCUCCUAGUGUGUAUGUGUCUCUGUAGAUAUAAAAAAAAAAGAAAAGAAAGAUAAUUGGACUUUAUCGAUAUAGAGAAUAAGAAUAAACAAUAGGUGGUGGUGGUGGUGGUAUCGAUUAAUAAAAUAAAGAAGAAGAAGAAGAAUGAGUUGGACAAAAAGGAUGGCUCGUCAUGGUAGUGAAAAAUCCCUUCAUACUUUGCAUUCAAUGCAUCCUACUCGUGCUACGAUUAUUCACAACAAUAACAACAACAGCAGCAGUAGCAACAAUAGUAGCAAUAACAAUAAGAACAAUAACGAUGAUGGUUCAACGAGAAUGAAUUCUAGUAACAUAGUUAGCCCAAAUAAAACUGUUAACAACAACAGUAGUAGUAGUAGUCCUAGUCCUCCUGAGAUGGAUAUCUUAUUGGAUGAUCGAAAUGAUAGUUUUUCUCCGAUAUUAUCAAGUACUAUAAAUUCAUCUAGCAAUAACAGCAUAGUUUUUGGUUCCUCUUCGUUGGGUUUAGACUCACGUAUACCCAGACCAUCAUCUAAUAACGUUCUGCGCCGUUCCUCGAGCAUGCGCAUCCGUGGUGAACGGCUUCCAACACACCAUUCUCGACCCACUACUACUUUUACUACUACUACCACCCCUGCAUCAUCAUCCUCCUCCUCCUCUUCAAAUCUUCUUGGCCAACAUCACCAACACCAUCACUAUCGUCGUCACAACCAUCUAUUGCUACAGCACCAGCAGCAGCAGUACCACCAACAUCCUGAUCAUCGUAUCUUUCCUGUCAUCACGGAGAAUGGAACCGACUCGCCAAGACAGCGAUCACUUAGCCUCUCACUGACGCCAGCUAGGCCGCGAUCAGGACACGCGGCCUCAAGUACAACACCAGGAGCAGCAGCAGACGACAGUGAUGCAGAAAGCGUGAGAAGUUACGGAAGUGCAUGCAGCACCGCGAGUGCCUGCGAUCAUGCAUCAUUUGCUUUGAACGGUACUACUUGGUCUGGUCGAUCACGAAAAUACGUUGUCCAUUGUUCCAAUCAUACUGGGGACAAUGAACAGUAUCUUACACCGACCCAAAGGGCCGCCAGACAAAUCAGGAGAUUCCAGGCCCUUUUGAAGGAAGCAAGAAUAGAAAUAGAUGACAAAAAUCGAGAGAUAGUUCGAUUAACCAAAGAGGUUGUUGAGCUUAGAUUGUACAAAGCAUCAUUGAAUAGUCCAGAUGAAAGAACUGAUAGUAGUGAUGCCCUAACCGUACGUGAAAACAAUCCCUUUUCACCGGAAUCACCAUGCAAGGAUUUAUUGGAGGAAGGUUCGUUCGAGAAGGUAACGAGUCCCGAAACUCCGGACAAACGUGCCCAAUCGGAUGUACCAUCCUCUUUAGCGGAUUCAGGACAUUUUGAAGACGGUUCCGUCCACUCUAAAGAUUCUGUGUGCCUGCCGGAAACGGUAUUACCCGAACCUUCUGGUAAUAAUAAUCCUCCAUCCAAUGAUGAACCUAAAAACGCCAGUAGAACAGUCUCUGUUGUGGAUAGUAGUAGCAUUCCUGAAAGAGAUGAAGAAAGACGUCGAUUGGUUGAUCAUUAUGAAAGCAGAAUUGAAGAGAUGCACCGAAGACAUAUCGAUGAAAUGCAGGAAUUGAAACAGAAGCACAAUGAUAAGGUAGAGAGUUUGUUGAAUCAAUUAUCUGAAGUUAAUACUCGCUAUUGCGAGGUAAGGCCGUCCGUCGAUGCUGCGGAAGCUCGAACUCGCGAAUUGGAAGUGGAAUUGGAGGCUGUGAAAAGUGAACUUGAUAAGAAUAAAGCUUUAAUUAAAGAGCAGGAAGAGAAGGAUAAACAAUCGUACCUGAAAGUGCAUGCGAACGAACAAGAAGCUACUGCACGCACUGACAAAAAUGAUCAGAUACCUGAAACCACCACGCAGAAAAAAUCAUCUUCGAAAGUUAACGCCGCCGAUCUGCAACAAGAAUUAACAGUUACGAAAGCGGAAUUAGAAAAAAUUAAGGAUACAAGCUACUCGCCUGAACCUCACAUUUCAGCCGAUCGUAGCCAAAAUUUAUUAACCGCUCAGGAGGCUGUUUCUCUCUGGGUCCUUGGCACACGUAAGGCAAUGUAUCGAAGUAUCGUGGAAGCAAAAUACAAGAAGGACGAAUUGGAUCUAGUAAUCACCUUGCAGUUCCUAAAAUCAGCAUUUUAUUAUUUCCUGACUGAUAAAGAAAAUCAUCUUGGACAUCUGAACGCCAUCGAAAGUAUCUUGGGUUUUACUGAAGCUGAGAAAAUCAACAUUGAUAAGAUUUACGGAUCUGCAAGAAAAUAUUAAUUACUUAUAUACAAGGUUUAUAUAUAGAAAGUGAUGUGUAUCUAUUGUUGUCAGACAUAUGGUGUUAACGUGUUCUUCAUAUUUAUAUUACUUUUCUUGAUAUAAUAAUAUUUAUAACUUUAUAUACACGAAUAUUAUAGAGAACUAUAUACAUAUAUAUAUAUAUAUAAUUCUCUUGAAGUAAAUGUUUAUAGAUAAACAUUACUUUCUAUUUACAUAAAGUUCAUACAGAAGAAAGAAAAAGAAAGAAAGAAAAAGAAAAAAAUUAAAUAUGUAUAUCAACGAUAUCCUACUUUUUAUUUCUAAUGAAUUUUUGUUGUUUUUACAAAUAAAAUUGAACACUGUAUGUCGUAUAUUAAUCUUUAUCGUACUGCUGCCGGUUAGCAGACAAUUUUAAUAAUUUUAAUACUAACAUCUAUUUUAACUUUUGCUAUGCGAUGAGAAAAAACAUUUAGAAAUUGUAAAUGUAUGUACGUAUGUUACUAAUUUAAUUGUCUUUAAAUUAUAUGAUAGUUAUA